AUGGUCGUCAGUUCUUUCUACAUUGUGUGGAAUGCCAACCGAAGGCAGCACAUCCUGGCGUCCUUGCGCCGAGAGGUGAAUAGGCAAUGUCAGGCCUUGCGCCAGGCCUUGCGCCAGGCCUUGCGACCCCAUGGACAGGCCACGACCUUCACGAGCUUGCAGAGCAGCUGCCGGCUCUUCGAAUUCGUCGAACAAGCGCUGCAAGCGCUGUUUUUCCGCGAGCUCUUCGCCAUGGAUUUGCAGGGCCGGCCCGAUCGGCUCUCGGCGCACCGAAGUUGCGACAAAGCUGGCGAACUUCGAGUGGCCGGCAAGUGUUGCCUUACUUGCCCGCUUCAGCGUUCCUGGUGGCAUGGCAGUGGCGCAGGCAUGAAGCGAUUUGGGCCCUUCAGGGUCAAGCCCUUCAAGAAGUUCAAGACACCGCGCUGGAGCUGGUCACACGUGCGACUCCUGGUGCUAGGAGCCUCUGCCUUGCUCGUAGUCUACCGGAUGGCUAAGUGGGGAUCGGCCCAGGGCCGGCUGGACACCUUCACCGACCGGGCACGAGCGUAUCAUGGCGUCUGUGGAUCUUUGGCCGCUGAUCUGGCCUUCUCAUCCAUCGCCUUCAUUGCCUUCGCGAUUUGCGCAGGGACAGAAACGGCAAUCACAACCUUGUGGCCUUGGAAAGUCCGCGAGUAUGCGCAGCGCGAGUUUGAAAAGGCGGAGCAGAAAGUCAGGGAGAGUCGUGAAGGUGGUGGCCCAGAGAUCAAUGCGAAGGCACAGCUUGGCAAAUGGACGGCGUUGAGGGAGGACAUCCAGCGCUUCAUGCAAACUAUUCUGAUUGGGGCCACUUUAGCUGGUGUGGUUAGCACAGCCUUCAUCACAGAAAUCUGCGGGCAGCUGUUUGGACCUCGUGGCUUGGGGAUCGCAACUGUGUCAGUGACAUUGGUGCAGCUAACGUUGGGAGAGAUCCUCCCCAAGAGCAUGGCCGUGUCCAAUCCCUAUAACUUUGCGCAAGCAACGCUGCCUGCCUUCUACAGGAUUUCGACCGUCGUCUACCCCGUCAGCAAGAUUUUGAAUGAGGCGGUCUCGCUCCUGCUUGGCAUGUGUGGAGUGCCUGUUGACACCAAGAAGACGCCAUAUGUUUCCGAGGAGGAGCUCGAUCUGGUGUUCCGCUCUGCGAUGCAGAGCGGCAUCGUGGAUGAGGAGGAGGGUGAGAUGAUACGGAGUGUCCGUAACUUGGAUAGCAAACGCAUCAAGGAGAUCAUGACACCGCUGGUCGACAUGAUCUGCAUUGAGUCGCAGGAGCCCAUCUCGAAACUCCACAAUGUUAUCAAGGAGACACAGUUCAGCAGAAUUCCCGUGUACGAUGUGCGCUUUGACAACAUCGUCGGCGUGGUCAGCAUGAAGACCCUUCUGAAGAAUGCCAAUGGUUUGGAAGACUUUGUGACCUGCAAUACCAAGAAGGUAACAGAGAUUUGUGAUGUCCCUGUGUUUGUACCGGAGACCAUGUCGCUGAUCUCUGCCCUUCGCUUGCUGAAAGAGCGGACGCUGGCAAUCUGCGUGGAUGAGUAUGGAGGAACUACAGGGCUGAUCACCCUGGAAGACGUGUUGGAAGAGAUUGUUGGUGAAAUCUAUGACCCUGAUGAGGAGAAGGAUAGGGUCGAAAAGCAGCAGAACAAUGCCAAAAUCCAACAGAUCGGGCCGGACCGGUUCUCGAUGAGUGGGCUAGCCGAGAAGGGUGACGUUGAGGAAGUUCUCGGCAUUAAGAUGCCGGAGGGAGACUACAACUCAAUCGGUGGCUAUAUGUGCAUGUCCAUCGACCGGAUCCCCGUGGUUGGGGAAGCCGCGACCGUCGAGACAGCUGCAGAAAGGAUCCGCUUUGAGAUUUCGAGUGUCGAUGAUCGCAGGGUGCUUCAAGUAGAAGCAUUCCGAACCAGCAAAGAUGGCACGGACCAGGAGGAUUUUGGCGAAGAGGACAAGGAGACAGAGAAGCAUCAAGUGAUCUUUGUCGAGUUAGAGCUCAUGGACAUUCAGAAGGAAGCCGAGGCCAUGGAUCCAGAUGACGCUGAUGAAAAAGACGGAAAGCUGGCAAAGUUGGCAAAGCCGGAUCCGGAAGAAGCUGAAAAAAGCCUUCCGCAACUCACGAAACUGACCCAAGCAGCAAAAAGCUUGCCGAAAGAUGCAAAGGCGUCGUCCGGCGGGGCUGAAGCCAAGACAGCACAAGCACCGAGCCCCAGCCAAGCUGCGAGUUUGCAACAGAGUACAAAGACGUUCGAUGGGGCGAAGGCGCCACUGGAUACGAAGGCGUCCGCUGCGGACGCCAAGACAGCGCAAGCAAAGGCGGAACAGGAUACAAAGCCGUCCGCUGGGGCCGAAGCCAAGGCAGCACAAGCACCCAGCCCCAGCCAAGCUGCGAGUUCGCAACAGGAUACAAAAGCGUCCGAUGGGGCGAAGGCGCCAUUGAAAGCGAAGCCGCCUGCUGCAGAAGCCAAGACAGCGCAAGCAAAGGCGCCACAGGAUACAAAGCCGUCCGCUGUGGCUGGGGCCAAGACAGCACAAGCACCGAGCCCCAGCCAAGCUGCGAGUUUGCAACAGGAUACAAAGACGUCCGAUGGGGCGAAGGCGCCACUGGAUACGAAGCCGUCCGCGGAAGCGAAAACAGUGCAAGCACCGAGCCCCAGCCAAGCUGCAAGUUCGCGACAGGGUACAAAGACCUCCGAUGGGGCAAAGGCGCCACAAGAUACCAAGCCGUCUGCUGGGGCUGAAGCCAAGCCCAGCCAAGCUGCGAGUUCGCGACAAGAUACAAAGACGUCCGAUGCGGCGAAGGCGCCACAGGAUUCAAAGCCGUCCGCUGGGGCCGAAGCCAAGACAGCAAAAGCACCGGGCCCCAGCCAAGCAGCGAGUUCGGGACAGGAUACAAAGUCCGCCGAUGGGGCAAAGGUAUAG